AUGUGUAUUGUAUACAGACAUGCCAAAUACAUUCCCUGUAGGCAUGCUACGGACAAUGGAGGUGAUAUUAGGACCUGGGUCAAAGGAGCCAUGGGUUUGGUUUGUCUCCUUGGCGUCACAUGGACUUGUGGUCUGUUGUGGAUCGACGACGGACAUUCGAUAGUGAUGGCCUAUGCCUUCACCAUUGCGAACUCCCUUCAGGGUCUUUUCGUUUUUCUCUUCCACGUGUUGUUCUCAGAGAAGAUGCGGUACGAUGUUUCGCGAUGGUGUAACGCACACCGCCUCUUUUGUUUUGGGAACAACUCACGGGACACCUCCAGGGAUCCCCAGAAACGUGGGACCAUGUCUCCGUCAGAGAGAAGUGGCAGCGAGUUCAUUUAUCCCACGUCAGAGAAAAUGCACACAUCACCUCGUGGAUUGGAUUCCUCUUUGAGCUCGGCUUAUCCGCAACAACCACUUGUACACCACUAUCAGCGUCAUCCACCACAAGCUAAUGGAGCCUACGACUACGCAACAAUUGCGUAUGGAGAAAUGGUACCGGGCCAUAUGCUACCACAUAUGGCCUCGUCGUUUCCUCAUCCUGGCGUUGCCGUCCAUUACCCACCGUUUAAUACGUCAUUGGUUCGUGGAAGCGAUUUGGACUCCGUCUACCAACCCCAGGUUUUCCACCAUCGUCCUCCACCGGACUUCUCACCGCCGCCGCCUCCUAAACAAGGAACAAACUCAUCAAAAGUCAUCCGACCGCCGUCCUCAAAGAUGAGCGACGACUCUGCCUAUUCUGAUGGAGGAUCGUCGUCCGUACUCACCACAGAAGUCACACCUUCCGGAGCGACUGUGCUUCGAAUGGACUUGGGCAGAAAUCAACAGCCCAGCUACUGGCGAAACGUUUAG